AUGAUCGGUGUGGCAGGUCGACGGUACCUGACUGGAUCAGCCGGAUUGAGGAUCAUAAACUGGGCAGGAAAUCCCCAUCCAAUGGGAAAAUUCGGCGGAAGAAACCGUGCGCCUAUGCAGGUGGUGGUGAUACAGGGCGAUCACCUCAGUCGGAACCCUGAACGACCAGACCGCAUCGCACCCGAUGAUUCUGGCAUGAUCGAGUCGGCCAACCGGGGAGACAGUCGACGCAUUCUCAUGCCGAAACGCUACAAGAGUCGGGACGGACAACGUUUCCUUGAGGGACCUCAGCGUCAGGCCUAA